AACAAUUGCAGCCAGCGGAGACAAGAAAAAAGAGGAGCAGACCUCAGGCAAAAUGCAGGGGACACUUGAGGAUCAAAUCAUCAGUGCCAACCCACUGCUGGAGGCCUUUGGAAAUGCCAAGACCGUGAGGAAUGACAACUCCUCACGCUUUGGUAAAUUCAUCAGAAUCCAUUUUGGUGCCACAGGCAAAUUGGCUUCUGCUGACAUUGAAACAUAUCUGCUGGAGAAGUCCAGAGUCACUUUCCAGCUCAAGGCGGAAAGGAGCUACCACAUCUUUUAUCAAAUCAUGUCCAACAGGAAGCCAGAGCUAAUUGAGAUGUUACUGAUCACCACCAACCCCUAUGACUACCUGUAUGUGAGUCAAGGUGAGAUCACAGUUCCCAGCAUUAACGACCAGGAAGAGCUGAUGGCCACCGACAGUGCCAUUGACAUCCUGGGCUUCAGUGCUGAUGAGAAAACAGCCAUCUACAAGCUGACGGGGGCUGUCAUGCCCUAUGGGAACCUGAAGUUCAAGCAGAAACAACGAGAGGAGCAGGCAGAGCCUGAUGGCACAGAAGUUGCUGACAAGGCUGCCUACCUGAUGGGUCUGAACUCAGCAGACCUGCUCAAGGCCCUCUGCUACCCCCGAGUCAAGGUGGGGAAUGAAUACGUCACCAAGGGCCAAACUGUGCAGCAGGUAUACAACUCAGUGGGUGCCCUGGCAAAGUCUGUGUUUGAGAAGAUGUUCCUGUGGAUGGUUGUUCGUAUCAACCAACAGCUGGACACGAAGCAGCCCAGGCAGUACUUCAUUGGUGUGCUGGACAUUGCUGGCUUUGAGAUCUUUGAUUUCAACAGCCUGGAGCAGCUGUGCAUCAACUUCACCAAUGAGAAACUGCAACAGUUCUUCAACCACCACAUGUUCGUGCUGGAACAGGAGGAGUACAAGAAGGAGGGGAUUGAAUGGGAGUUCAUUGACUUUGGCAUGGACCUGGCUGCCUGCAUUGAGCUCAUUGAGAAGCCCAUGGGCAUCUUCUCCAUCCUGGAAGAGGAGUGCAUGUUCCCCAAGGCAACUGACACCUCCUUCAAGAACAAGCUCUAUGAUCAGCACCUGGGCAAGUCCAACAACUUCCAGAAGCCCAAGCCUGGCAAAGGCAAGGCUGAGGCCCACUUCUCCCUGGUGCACUAUGCUGGCACAGUGGACUACAACAUCACUGGGUGGCUGGAGAAGAACAAGGACCCUCUGAAUGAAACUGUUGUGGGGUUGUAUCAAAAGUCAUCCUUGAAGACUCUGGCCUUGCUCUUUGCAUCUGCUGGUGGGGCAGAAGCAGAGAGCAGUGGUGGUGGUGGCAAGAAGGGUGCCAAGAAGAAGGGUUCUUCUUUCCAGACUGUCUCGGCUCUCUUCCGGGAAAAUUUAAACAAGCUGAUGAGCAAUUUGAGAAGCACACAUCCCCAUUUUGUGCGCUGCAUCAUCCCCAAUGAGACUAAAACACCUGGUGCCAUGGAGCACGAGCUGGUGCUGCACCAGCUGCGCUGUAACGGCGUGCUGGAAGGGAUCAGGAUUUGCAGGAAAGGCUUCCCCAGCAGAAUCCUCUAUGCUGACUUCAAACAGAGAUACAAGGUGCUUAAUGCCAGUGCCAUCCCCGAGGGACAGUUCAUCGAUAGCAAGAAGGCUUCUGAGAAGCUCCUUGGGUCAAUCGAUGUGGACCACACCCAGUACAAAUUUGGACACACCAAGGUGUUCUUCAAAGCUGGGCUGCUGGGACUCCUGGAGGAGAUGAGGGAUGAGAAGCUGGCACAGCUCAUCACCCGCACCCAGGCCAUGUGUAGGGGUUACCUGAUGAGGGUGGAGUUCAAGAAAAUGAUGGAGAGGAGGGAGUCCAUCUUCUGCAUCCAGUACAACGUUCGUUCAUUCAUGAAUGUCAAACAUUGGCCAUGGAUGAAGCUGUUCUUCAAGAUCAAGCCCUUGCUGAAGAGUGCAGAGUCUGAGAAGGAGAUGGCCAACAUGAAGGAAGAGUUUGAGAAAACCAAGGAAGAGCUUGCAAAGUCUGAGGCAAAGCGGAAGGAGCUGGAGGAGAAAAUGGUGGCCUUGGUGCAGGAGAAGAAUGACCUGCAGCUCCAAGUGCAGGCUGAAGCUGAUGGCUUGGCCGAUGCUGAGGAACGGUGUGACCAGCUCAUCAAAACCAAAAUCCAGCUGGAAGCCAAAAUUAAGGAGCUGACAGAGAGAGCAGAAGAAGAAGAAGAGAUGAAUGCUGAGCUGACAGCCAAGAAGAGGAAACUGGAGGAUGAAUGUUCAGAGCUGAAGAAAGAUAUUGAUGACCUUGAGCUAACACUGGCCAAGGUGGAGAAGGAAAAACAUGCCACUGAAAACAAGGUAUGAGGUAGAACCUGUCACUCACACUC